UUUGAAAUCAACUUAAAAACUAGCAUAGCAAGUCACCAUCUUUCUUCGUCUCCUCUUCUACACGAGAGGAUAGCCAAAGCUACCUCUCACCCCUUCCCCUUUCUCUCUCUCUUUCUUCCUCCAUUUCAACCCAUUUUUUCAUCCAUUAUUCCUCUUGGGUUCUUACAUAUACCCUUCUUCUCUUCCCUUGUUUUCACAAACUCAAAAUUUUUCAUCUAAUAUCCCUCCUCCUUAGUAAUUUUCUGUAUUUAUUCCUUAGAGGGGGGGUUGAAGAGAUUGAAUAAGGGAGAAGCUUUCAUCUCUCUCUUGUUCUUGUUUCUAUGCCUCCUCUCAGAUCUUGAUUUCUUCAUCAACCUUUUCUUUUGAUUCAUAUAUUGGAUAAUUCAUAAUCUGUUUGAAAGAUGGAUCCCGGGAAGCUUUUCAUUGGUGGAAUUUCUUGGGACACAAAUGUAGAACGUUUGAGGGAGUAUUUUCAAACAUUUGGUGAUGUUAUUGAAGCUGUGAUAAUGAAGGAUCGAGCUACAGGCCGUGCUCGGGGGUUUGGCUUUGUUAUUUAUGCCGACCCAGCUGUUGCAGAUCGAGUUGUUAAGCAGAAACAUAUGAUUGAUGGUAGAACUGUUGAGGCAAAGAAAGCUGUUCCUAGAGAUGACCAAAACAUCCAAACUAGAAACCAUGGCACCCCUAGUGCGUCGCCUGUGCCUACUCGCACUAAGAAGAUAUUUGUAGGGGGUUUAGCAUCUACUGUGACCGAAGGGGAUUUCAAAAGGUACUUUGAGCAGUUUGGAACCAUCACUGAUGUUGUUGUUAUGUAUGAUCACAACACCCAAAGGCCAAGAGGAUUUGGGUUCAUCACCUUUGACUCUGAAGAUGCAGUUGAGAGAGCACUGAUUAACACCUUUCAUGAUCUUAAUGGAAAAACGGUUGAGGUCAAACGCGCUGUUCCAAAAGAGUUAUCACCCGUGCCGAACAGGAGUCCUUUAGGUGGUGGUAGUAGUGGACUUAGUAGAGUUAACAGCUUCCUCAAUGGCUAUACGCAGAGUUACAGUCCUAUCCCUAUGGGAGGACACGGAGUCACGAUUGAUGAUCGUCAGAGUCCCAUGCCUUUUACUCGAGGUGGAUACCCUUCUUUUAGCCCGUCUAGUUAUGGAAAUGCAUUGAAUUAUGAACCAAGAAUGAGUCCAAACUUUGGUGAAACAGCAAAUAUCUUUCCAAAGCUGAGCUUUGAGCAAGGAUUAUGUGCAAUGCCUAAUAGCAAUGUCAACAGGCAUGACAAUUUUGCUGAUUUUGAUGGGGUGAACAGGGGUAAUGUUUCUACUCUUGGUUCAUCUUCCUGGAGCUUGUGGGGAAAUGGGAGCAUCAAUGAAACUGGUUUCCCCGGUAACAAUGCUCCUACGAGUUUGAGAAAUAUCGAGGCAAAUGCUCUUACUAAUAGUGAAUCAAUUUGGAACCCCCCUGCCAUUCCUGCUCAAGGCGGAGGGCGUGCUUCUGUCUCAAACGGUCUCGGUCUUGGUUAUGCUCGUGAAAACAACAAUGUUGGAUCUGAUGUGAGAUUGUAUGGCCGAGAUAUGAGAAAUAGGACAUUACAUGUAUCUUCUUUUCCUUCACUAGAUGGUGGGUUUGAUGCUAAGUUUGAUGAUUUCCUUGGUGGUGGGAGUGAUCAGUCCUUGCAUUUGCCAUCUUUGGGACUCAAGGGAUCUGGUUCAUUUGAAUUUGGACUUGGAAAUUCCGUGUCAGAUGUUCCGCUCAAUAAUCCUGCUGGUUUAUGCUGGUAGUUAUAGAAUCUGUCAAUAGCAACAUAGAGUUUCAGGGUUUGCGGUCGUAGGAGUCGUUAUUCAAUUGGAUGAAGUUUCUGUAGGUGAAAAGAAGUCUGCAAAAACCGUAUCCUGCAAAUUCAGUAAGUAGAAACUUGGUUCGUAGCAUUGAUCAAAGUCGCUGCUUGGAUUCACAGUAUACAUUUAACAAAGAUCUUUUUUUUCCUCCUUUCCAUCGUAUUUUGUCUUCGUUCGUUGGAAUUUGUAAAUUGAGUGACGGGGUACACAUAGUAUCAUCCAUUACUUGCAACAUGGGGCGGGUGCUUAUAGGAACUAAGACAUGAAUGUUUUCUGAUCUUCUCAUAUAGUUUUCCAGCCAAGUUGUUUAUAUUCUUAUGAGGUAUUUAAAAUUGCUGUAGUGAACUUCUGGUUGAGUUUGUAAUGGUUAAACUCUUCAGAAUGCUUGUUAGCUACUUGCACCA